AUGACUUUCAAGUUCAUCUGCGCUGUUCUUCUAUUGUCUGUUGUAUUUUUAUCUUCUCAAGCCAAGCAUCACAAAAAUGAAAAGAAGAAGGGACACAAGCAUAAUGGUAAAAAAAAAAAGCCACUUUGAAAUUCGUUUUUUUUUUUUCUGGCUUUUUUUCCUGAGUCUAUUGCCAACCUAAAGAGAGAAAAUAACGAUCUCAAAUCUAAAGUUUCAACGUUAACAGAGGAGAUUUCAAGGCUAAAAGAUUUAUUUCAACAUCAAAGCAGCAGGUCAGAAGAUGAUUAUGUCGAAGUCUCCCGUCUUAUUAAGUUAUUUAAUACUUUAGGUUAGCCUCUCUUCGUAAUCGUUAUGUACUUGCCUUGUUUUAUGUUAGUUUAAAUUCUUUUAACUGUAUAGUAGUGUCUUCACUGUUAUUUAGUCCAUCUAUAUAUAAAUCUUGUUUUGUAAUAUGUCUUCAGCCCCCCCCCCCCCCCCCCCCCCCCCCCCCCCUCCUUUCUGACAUUUUCUGUGGGGGGGGAAAUAGGGUGUAUGUUGUCUUUUCUUUUUUAUUUUAUUUUCUUUUUUUUUUUUUUUUUUUGUUUUUUUUUUUUUUUUGUGUUGUUGUUUUGUUUUUCCCCCCCCCCCCCCCCCGCCUCGUUUAGUUUAUAAGCUAUUUGUGGGUGGGAAAGUAAUGUAAUUAGUUAUUUUCCAAUUUUCAAUAAAAUUUGUUGUUGUUGUUGUUGUUGUUGUUGGAUCAUUUUUAUCGAAUUUGUGUCAGAAUUUUUUUCAUUAUGAUUAUGAUAAUAUUUUUUACUUGAAAACUCAUUACUGAAAUCAUACUAUACCAAGGCAGUGAAAUAAAUUUUGUAUUUAAAGCCAGCAGCCAGAUAUAAAGGGCUAAUAUAUAUAUGGAGACGUUCGUUUUCAGAUUUUGUCUGUUAUGCUGCUAAUGAGCGAAUGAAAGAAAACAAUGACGUAACGAUAGAUUCCAUGAAAAGAGAGGAUAAAAUUGUCAAGAGACGUGGUCCCUUAACCCUCCUCUCCGCUCUCCUCGUAAUCUAGUACUCAGAUCUUCCACGGCCAAGGGAAAGGGAGAUCCCACUUUUCCGCUGUAAAACAGGGUGAGAUCUGGUUACGAGAUUAAUCCCCUCGCCCCCCGAACAAGCUUAUUACGGGCACUGAAAAGCUCAUUCCGCCUUUUUUUUUUACAUUGUUUUCAGAUGACGACGUGGAAGUUGUCCAAGUACAUUUUGAUACGCUGACAUACCUUAAUAACACGAUCACGUGUACGGAUCAUAACCGGAAGACUCAGCUGUGGUGCACUUGUCCAUUCACUCUCUGCACAGGAGCCCAGCAAUGCUACCAGCUCUGGUUGGGCGAAGAUGUU